AAUGGUCAGUUAAUGUUUUCAUCGUCAUAGUUUUACAAUAUUUUGGCGCUCAAUAAUUUCACAGACUAAAAGGUAGGAAAGAUGCCACACAGUCGGUGAAGUCACUAGUGAUCCAGGCCUAGUAACUAGUCGCAGUAGGUAACUCAACUCCAGUCUGAUGUCAUAAAUAGUAACUGAAGCCCUGAACUACAGAAAGCAUCUGAACCGCCUCUACCGGGAGGAGAGAGAGAGAAGAGAGAGAGAGAGAGAGAGAGAAGAAAAACAUGGCGAACUUUCCUCUGGAAUAACUGUUUUCUGAAGAGCUGCUGAGCGUUUCUGCAAGCACCGUGCAUGAAUUCAUUUCUGCAUCAGCACGCGAUCUGAAUCUGAAGACGGUUUAGUCCGGGAAACGAGGCUUUUUUCUCAUGGAUUCGGAGCGUGUGAAGUAUCAUGGGAUGAAAGUUUGAAACAGUUGGAUACAAAAGUAGGACAGGAUGGAGAAACAAGGAACAAGACGCGAAAAGUUUGGUCUGUUUGGACCACGAGCGCUGGGCAGGGCCGUGCACGCCGCUGCCGCCGAUGGCCCGGGCCUCAGCAAGGCAGAGUUCAUGGAGAAGGUGCGGCAAAGCAACGAGGCCUGCCAGCUGGGAGACUUCCAGACGGCCGUGAAGCUGUACGGCGAGGCCCUGCGCGCCGACCCACAGAACUGCAUCCUGUACAGCAACCGCUCGGCCGCCCACCUCAAACUGGGCCAGUACCAGACUGCCCUGGACGACGCAGUCAAAGCCCGCCUCCUUAACCCUAAAUGGCCGAAGGCAUACUUCCGACAGGGUGUUGCCCUUCAGUACCUGGGGCGCCAUGCGGACGCCCUGGCCGCCUUCGCCUCGGGACUGGCGCAGGACCCCAAGAGCCUGCAGCUGCUGGUGGGAAUGGUGGAAGCCGCCAUGAAGUCCCCGCUAAGAGAAUCCCUGGAGCCGACCUACCAGCAGCUGCAGAAGAUGAAGCUGGACAAGAGUCCGUUUGUGGUGGUGUCUGUGAUUGGUCAGGAGCUGCUGACCGCCUCCCAUCACGGCGCGUCUGUGGUGGUCCUGGAGGCGGCGCUGAAGAUCGGCACCUGCAGCCUCAAGCUGCGCGGCUCUGUUUUCUCGGCCCUCAGCAGCGCUUACUGGUCAUUGGGCAACACGGAGAAGAGCACCGCCUACAUGCAACAAGACCUGGAGGUGGCCAAAACUUUAGGUGACCAGACGGGCGAAUGCCGCGCUCACGGGAACCUGGGGUCGGCCUUCUUCUCCAAGGGGAAUUAUCGCGAGGCACUGAGCAACCACAGACACCAGCUCGUCCUGGCCAUGAAACUCAAGGACAGAGAGGCGGCGUCUUCAGCCCUCAGCAGCUUGGGUCAUGUGUACACGGCCAUCGGAGACUAUCCCAACGCCUUGGCCAGCCACAAGCAGUGCGUCCUGCUGGCCAAACAGUCCAAGGAUCAGCUCUCUGAGGCUCGAGAGCUGGGCAACAUGGGAGCCGUCUACAUCGCCAUGGGUGACUUCGAUAAUGCCGUGCAGUGCCACGAACAGCACCUGAGCAUCGCCAAGAGCCUCGGCAACAAGCGUGAGGAGGCACGUGCCUACAGCAACCUGGGAAGCGCGUACCACUACCGCCGCAACUUCGACAAGGCCAUGUCCUACCACACACACGUGCUGGAGCUCGCACAGGAGCUCGAGGAGAAGAGCAUCGAAAUGAGGGCGUACGCGGGGCUGGGACACGCCGCCCGAUGCAUGCAGGAUCUGGAGAGAGCAAAGCAGUAUCACGAACAACAGCUCAGCAUCGCAGAAGGCCUGAAGGACCGCGCCGCCGAGGGCAGGGCUUCGUCGAACCUGGGAAUCAUUCACCAGAUGAAAGGGGACUACGAGACCGCUCUGAAGCUGCACAAGGCUCAUCUAUCCAUUGCCCAGGAGCUAAACGACUACGCCGCCCAGGGCAGGGCGUACGGAAACAUGGGCAACGCUUACAACGCCCUCGGUGCCUUCGACCAGGCCGUGCGCUACCACCGACAAGAGCUGCAGAUUUCCAUGGAGGUUAACGAUCGUGCCUCGCAGGCUUCGACGCAUGGGAACCUGGCGGUGGCAUACCAGGCUCUGGGGGCGCAUGAUCGGGCCUUGCAACAUUACCAGAAUCAUCUGAACAUUGCCCGAGAGUUGAGGGACAUCCAGAGUGAGGCUCGUGCCUUGGGCAACUUGGGUAAUUUCCACUGCUCUCGGGGAGAGUUUCCGCAAGCCGUACCCUACUAUGAACAGUACCUACGGCUUUCCCCGGACUUGCAGGAUAUGGAGAGUGAAGGUAAGGUCUGUCACAACUUGGGAUACGCACACUACUGUCUGGGAAACUUUCAGGAGGCAGUGAAGUACUACGAACAAGAUCUGGCACUUGCUAAGGACCUCCACGACAAGUUGAGUCAAGCCAAAGCCUACUGUAAUCUGGGCCUGGCCUUUAAGGCUCUUGGCGACUACAGCAAGGCGGAGGAGUGCCAGAAGUACCUUCUUUCCUUGGCGCAGUCACUGAACAAUUCGCAAGCUCGAUUCCGCGCCUUGGGCAACCUGGGAGACAUCUUCCUUUGCAAGAAGGACGUUCCCGGAGCCGUCAAGUUUUAUGAGCAGCAGUUGUCCUUGGCGCACCAAGUCAAGGAUCGCAAGAUGGAGGCGAACGCCUACGCCGCAUUGGGAGCCGCUUACCGGAUGCUACAGAAGUUUGACAAGGCCUUAGGGUACCACACCCAGGAACUGGAGGUGUACCAGGAGCAGGGUGACAUCCAGGGAGAGUGCCAGGCUCAUGGACACCUCGCCGCCGUCUACAUGUCUCUUGGAAAGUACACCAUGGCCUUUAAAUGCUACGAGGAACAGCUUGAGCUCGGCCAGCGACUGAAGGAUCCCAGCGUUGAGGCCCAGGUUUACGGGAACAUGGGCAUUACGAAAAUGAACAUGGGAGUAAUGGAGGAGGCCAUUGGCUAUUUUGAGCAACAGUUGGCGAUGUUGCAGCAGCUCAGUGGCAAUGAGGCCGUGCUGGACCGUGGUCGUGCUUAUGGGAACUUGGGAGACUGCUAUGACUCGCUGGGAGAUUUUGAAGAGGCAAUUAAGUAUUAUGACCAGUAUCUCUCCGUGGCACAGAGCCUCAACCAUAUGCAGGACCAGGAGAAGGCAUACAGAGGUCUUGGUAAUGGACACAGGGCGAUGGGGAAUCUUCAGCAGUCUCUGGUGUGUUUUGAGAAGCGGUUGGUGGUGGCGCAUGAGCUGGGCGAGUGUGGAGGAAAAGCUCAGGCGUAUGGAGAACUGGGCAGCUUGCACAGCCAGCUGGGUAACUACGAGCAGGCCAUCUCCUGCCUGGAGCGGCAGCUCGCCAUCGCCCGCGACACCCAAGAUCGAUUGCUGGAGGGCGACGCCAGCUGCGGCCUUGGUGCCGUGUACCAGCUGAUGGGCGAACACGACACAGCCCUUCAGUUUCACCAGCUGGACCUCCAGAUCGCGGAGGACACGGGCAGCGCCAGCUGUCAGGGACGGGCCUACGGGAACCUGGGACUCACUUACGAGUCGCUGGGUAAUUUCGAGCGUGCUGUGGUGUAUCAGGAGCAGCACCUGAGCAUCGCGGCGCAGACCAACGACCUGGUGGCCAAAACUCUGGCCUACAGCAGCCUGGGACGAACACAUCACGCUCUGCAGAACUACUCGCAGUCCGUCAUGUACCUGCAGGAGGGUCUGCGUCUCGCGGAGCAGCUGGGCCGUCGGGAGGAUGAGGCCAAGAUCCGACACCGUCUGGGGCUCUCGCUGUGGGCCAGCGGCAAUCUGGAGGAAUCCCAGCACCAGCUGUACCGUGCGUCGGCUCUGUUCGAGACCAUUCGUCAUGAAGCGCAGCACAGCACCGACUACAAGCUCUCCCUGUUCGACCUGCAGACCUCCUCGUACCAGGCUCUCCAGAGGGUCCUCGUCAGCCUCGGUCACCAUGAUGAAGCUCUGGCCGUGGCGGAGCGCGGACGCACUCGGGCCUUUGCCGACCUGCUGGUGGAGAGACAGACGGGCCAGCAGGACUCUGACCCCUACACGCCCGUGACCGUGGAGCACAUCCUGGACACUGUGAACGGGCAGCGGGCGCUGGUGCUCUACUUCUCUCUGGCGGCAGGAUACCUGUACAGCUGGCUCCUGGCCCCGGCUCCGGGUAUCCUGAAGUUUCAUGAGGUGUAUCUGGGCGAGGGUGCGUCGGAUGUCAGUACGUCAGACUUCCAGGAGGGUGGUGGCGGGUCUGUGCCCGCGGGUGGUGGCUGUGGAGGCUCGUCUCUGGAGCAGCACAUCAGUAAUGCACGGGAAGCUCUGGGUGUGGACUCAUACUACAGCAGAGCCUGUUCCAGCAGCGAGACGGAGAGCGAAGCUGGAGACCUUUUGGACCAGCAGUUUGAAGAACUCAAUAAUAAACUCAACUCAGUGACCGACCCGACCGGCUUCUUGAGGAUGGUUUCCAGAAACAACCUCUUCAACAGGAGCUGUCAGAGUAUGACGAGUCUCUUCAGUAACACGGUGUCUCCGGUGAAGGAGGGCUCCUCGUCUCUGCCCCGCCGCGCCAGUGCGCUCAGCAAACCCCCGCUGCGAGCCCUUUACGACCUGCUCAUCGCCCCGAUGGAGGGGGGUCUGAUGCACUCCAGCGGCCCGGUCGGCAGACACAGACAGCUGGUUCUGGUUCUGGAGGGCGAGUUGUAUCUCAUCCCGUUUGCUCUGCUGAAGGGAAGCUCGUCUAAUGAGUAUCUGUACGAGCGGUUCAGUCUCAUCGCCGUACCGUCCAUCGGCAGUCUGGGGAGCACGGCUAAAGUUCACCCUCGGCGGACCGGUCCAGUUCUGUGUAAUGGAGGAAGCUCCAUGGCUGCAGUGGUGGGGAAUCCUCGGCUGCCGCCGUCGGUGAUGGACCGCUGGCUCUGGGGCCCGAUGCCCACGGCUGAGGAGGAGGCUCACAUGGUGGCCGAUCUCCUGGGCUGCCAGCCACUGGCCGGUCCCGCCGCCACCAAGGAGCGGGUCAUGAGUGCUCUGACGCAGGCCGAGUGCGCUCACUUCGCCACGCACAUCUCCUGGAAGCUGGCGGCUCUGGUCCUCACGCCCAGCCAGGACACCGGCUCUGGACCGGUGGCGGCGGCUCCCAGCGGAGGAGCGGGAGGUGGAGAGAGCGGAGUCAAAUCCAACUACACCAUCCCAGAGAGUCUGCGCGUGCCGGAUGACGCCAGCGAUGCUGAAAGCAUCUGUGACAGCCCGCCGCUGCAGGAGUUCCUGCUCACUGCAGCCGACAUCCUCGACCUCAGGCUGCCCACAAAACUAGUCGUGCUGGGCUCGUACCAGGAGUCGGACAGUAAAGUAACGGCAGACGGUGUGGUGGGUCUGACCAGGGCUUUCCUGGCGGCUGGAGCUCAGUGUGUGCUGGUGUCUUUGUGGCCGGUUCCCGUCGCAGCCUCCAAGAUGUUCGUCCACGCGUUCUACAGCGCUCUGCUCAACGGCACCAAAGCCAGCGCGGCCCUCGCGGACGCCAUGAAGACCGUCCAGAGCAGCAAACAGUUCUCACACCCCUCCAACUGGGCAGGCUUCAUGCUGAUUGGCAGUGACGUGAAACUGAACAGCCCGUCGUCUCUGAUUGGUCAGGCUCUGGCUGAGAUCCUGCAGUAUCCAGACAAAGCCAGAGAUGCCCUGAGGGUCCUGCUACACCUGGUGGAGAAAUCUCUCCAGCGCAUUCAGAACGGCCAGAGGAACUCCAUGUACACGUCUCAGCAGAGUGUGGAGAAUAAGGUGGGCGGCGUGCCUGGCUGGCAGGCUCUGCUGACUGCGGUGGGAUUCAGGCUGGACUCGGCUGGAACGGGCCUCCCCGCGGCGGUCUUCUUUCCCACCACUGACCCCGGAGACCGACUGCAGCAAUGCAGCACCACCCUACAGUCACUGCUGGGUUUGCCUCCUCCUGCUCUGCAGGCGUUGUGUAAACUGAUCACAGCGUCAGAAACCGGAGAACAGCUGAUCAACCGGGCUGUUAAAAAUGUAGUGGGAAUGCUCCAUCAGGUUUUGGUGCAGCUUCAGUCUGGAGAGAAGGAGCAGGAUUUCUCUCUCGCGCCCAUCCAGGUGUCCAUCAGCGUGCAGCUCUGGAGACUUCCUGGCUGCCAUGAGUUCCUGGCCGCUCUGGGGUUUGACCUGUGUGAGGUCGGUCAGGAGGAGGUGGUGUUGAAGACGGGCAAACAGGCCAACCGUCGCACCAUGCACUUUGCCCUGCAAUCACUGCUGGCACUGUUUGACUCUACUGAGCUGCCGAAGCGUUUAAGUCUGGACAGUUCAUCGUCUCUGGAGUCUCUGGCUUCAGCACAGUCUGUGUCCCACCAGCUGCCUAUGGGCUACCCCAACCCUCCCUUCUCCCCUCCAUGUCCCGACAGCCUAGCCUCCGACGCCAUCUCCGUCUACAGCCUGAGCUCCAUCGCCUCUUCCAUGAGCUUCCUAUCCCGUCCCGAAGGCACGUCCGACUUCAUCAGCCAGCGCUCGCGGCAGCAGGAACUAGAGCGCCAUCGGGGCGGAGCCGGGCUGUUCGCAUCCCACCGGCACACGGCGGUGCCCCGCAGCCGCUCGUCCCCGCAUGGAGCCGUAGGAGGCCAUGAUGAUGAAGAGUAUGAAGGAUACAGUAUAAUCAGCAGCGAGCCGUUGGGUAGUCAAUGCGACACGCUCCCUCGUCCCGCAAACCACAGGAACCAUCGGGGCGCUGCGCGCGGUGGGACCGGCAGGGGUUACGCGGUGUCCGUGUCCUCCAGGGGAAGCGUCAGUACCCCGACGUCUCCGGUCAAAGCCACCCUGGUUCCCAGCCCCAACUCGCCCUUCCAGAAGGUCGGGAAGGUGAGCAGCUCAGACACAGGCGAGUCCGAUCAAUCCAGCACAGAGACAGACAGCACUGUGAAGUCCCAAGAGGAGCGUACGCCCGGAGCUGCUCUGGACCCACAGGAACUGGCGCAGAAGAUCCUGGAAGAAACGCAAAGCCACAUGCGGGCCGUCGAGACUUUGCAGAGAAGCACUGGGAGCAUCCCGCCGGGUGACGGGAUGGGCGGUGGAGGCCCUCCGACCCCAACCGGAGGUUCUGCUUUCCGUUCCUCGGAGACGAGCGCGUUCAGUCGCCCUAGUAGCCGGGCGAGCAUCAAGGCGCAGUCGUCUCCGCUCCCGACGCGCCCCAAACCGCCCUCCCGUACGUCGUCCCUACAGAAGAUCAGCUCGGGAUACAACAGCCCCGCUACGUCCGAGACGUCCCUAAAGGAAGGCAGCCAACCAUCGCCGACUUCCGACAGUCAUGCCCAGUUUAAACUCAAGUAUCCCAGCUCGCCCUACAGCGGCCACAUCUCCCGCUCGCCCAGCAACAUCUCGCCCAGCUCGGGCCACCAGUCUCCGGCCGGCAGCGCACCCUCCCCGGCAUUGUCCUACUCCUCGACGGGCUCGACGCGCUCCAGUCCGGCAGACGCCCCGGAUAUCGACCGACUCAAAUUGGCCGCUAUUGACGAAAAAGUCCAAGCGAUCCACAAUCUCAAGACCUUCUGGGCCAGCGCCACCCAACAGCAGCACUCGGGACCAAUGCGGGCGCUCCGCGGCGGGAAACUGAGCACCGCCAAACGAGACGUCCUGGGCCUUCUGAACCUCUCGCCCCGACACGGCGUGACGGGACAGGAUAUGCCCAGCCAGGAUGUGGCGCUCGAGCACAGAAAUCCACCCAACGGACAUCGGAAGAUCGAUCCCAAGAGAGUCGUGCCUUCUCCGACGGCUUCCACUGGCAGCAGUCCGGGUUCGCAUUCCAUCCGACUGCCUUCGGGGAAUGGAUACAAGUUCCUGUCGCCGGGACGGUUCUUCCCUUCGUCUAAAUGUUGAGAUUCUGUCCCUCAGUGACUGGCUUCUCUUGAUAAAGAAGUAUUUUGAGUAUUUAUGACUCUUGAAAACAGUGAAAAGGACAGUCUGGGUGAGGAAGUGCACAUUCCCAGAAGCCUCAAACUGCCUACUGUUUUAUUUUCCCGUGCAGAGAGCAUAUAAUCCUUAUGCUUCCACCUACACUGUAAAGGACCGUUUAUAUAUGCAGACUGAUCUUAGACUUGCGCAAGGCAUGUCAGACAAAAAAAGAAAAAAAAAAGAAAAAAAAGAAGAGAUUAUACCAAAAUGGUAUUUCAACAAAAAGACAAAAAGGCUCGCUGUUUGUGUUAGUGAAGAUGAUGCGGCUUUGACUGGUUUUCUUUUGUUUUUUCCGUUUUUCUUUUUUUUUAAUAUAAUUAUUGUUAUUGUUAUUAUUAUUGUUAUGGAUGGUAAUUGUUAUUACAGUUAUUUGUUUUGUAAAUUAAAUCAACGUUUUGCAAUCAGUAUUAUACGUUUUUAUAUUGUUAAAGAAGCAAACCAUGCACAAAAAAAGUUGAAAAAACAUUUUCAUAUUUUUAUUGAGAUGGUGACGACGCACCUGACCUGACUUCUGUGUGAAUUGAGUGUCAGUAUUACAGCAUGGGUUCUCUUGCUCUCCAGUGAUUCAGUGUCUUUUUAACAGAGAUUUUGCAUAUGUGGACUCUCAUCCAGACAUAUCUCAGUCAUUUCUCAGUAAAAUGGUCUCAAUAAAAAGUUUAAUUUA